UUGACCAAUCUUUCUACAACUUGGGUGUUAACGAAGGAUACAAUUGGUCAAAAACAACCCCUCCAACAUAAACUUACUCAAAAAUUAACAGAGUUUUCAAGACGAAGAAUUUGGGAUCCCACUUGGAAAAUCUAUCUGGUCAGAUCAAAGUGUACUACGUUACUACAAAGUUCGCUUAGAGAACCAGAGGUUGUGUGGAAAUUAAUUUUCUGGAAACUUAGUACUUUGUGGAUUUCUCAUGGUUUAAUUAAUAAAAUUACGUCAUCUAAAAUGAGUAAUAUAUUGAAUAUACUUUUGAGAAAACGUAAAGAAUACCGAAUUGGUUCAAGACCAAUAGAUUCAGUUGUUGCAUCAACUUCAAAGGCUCAAAAUUUCGAGAUAGAGAAUGCACGGUAUCCUCCAAUGACGUCAAUUACUGAAAUGAUGUAUGGGUUACCAAAAGCAAUUAAUAAAAUCGAACAAACACCUUCAUCGUCUUCUAAAACAAAUGAAUCUCCAGCUAGAAAUGGCAAUUUCGUUAAAAGAAUGGUUGCUGCUUUCGAGCGCAAAUGUAAAAAUAAUGGACGCAGAAAUAGUAGGCGAACAACACCAAAAUCAAAGAAAAGCUGUGUAGUUGCUAAUGAAGAAUUUUUCAUAAAACAAACACCUAUGAAUAAAACAUUUAUAAUUAAACCGCGAUGCAGAAGUGUUGAUAGACUACCACACGCAUCAGAACAAUCUCCAUUUUUCCAAGAUGAAGAUCCUAGUGAAAUCGUCGAUUUAACGUUUGAGAUAGAUGAAGAGCAGCCUAGUGAAAGAAAGAUCACAUUUUCACGGAAAAAUGAUCAAGUUGAUAAAGCAAGUGAAAAAAAUUCCAUCACAUCAUGUGGAAAAUCAGAUUUGAGGAAGAAAAGAGAAAAAUCUCCAAAGAUUGUUGGUGCCUUUUUGAAGAAACCAAUCGAAGUUGAAGAAACCAAAAUAGACUGGAUUCCAAUAACAAACCAACGGUUACCAAGAAACCAUUCUUUUCAGAAAAUUAUGUCAUUAUUAUUGGGAAAAAAGUAUGCAAAUAAAAGUAGCCAAUUUUACUGUUCGGUAAAUCCAACAAAUGAAAAAGUCCGAAGACACCGAGAUUCUGGUGAUGAUGAAAAGACCUCCUCUGGAUCAUCACCUGGAUCUUCUAAAACUUGUCAAAAUGGCACAUCUGUUUGCCAAAAUACGAAACCUACGAAUCAACAGAAAAAUAUUCAAGUAUCAACUUUCCAAUCACAAUCAUCAACAAGUAAAAAGCCUGACAAAUUUGAAGAAGAUGAUUAUCCUACUCUACAAGAUUUAGCAAAAAAACUUAUGUUAAAAGAAGUUCCAAGAUCAGAAGUUCGCCUUUCAUUGGGUCCUCUUUUCCCUACUCAAGCAAGAGCUGAUAAAUUUGUAUGCCAAGAAGCUACAGUGAAUGAAAACGAAGAAGAAAAUGUUUCAUAUGAAAGUGAGGAGAUAAAUCAAAGUCUCUUAUUACUUCCUUUACCAAAACAUCCGUUUAUCACUCCAUUACCGAAACACCCAUUUGUAUCUGAAUCUUCAAUAAAUAGGGAGCCCUCCGAUUCAAUAAUGUCCAGCGAACAGUUUCGUCAAAUUGACAUGAGACAAAUGCUUUCUUUGAAAUACCCAUCGUCAGAAAUUAUUCAUGAUGUUCCAAGGAACCCUUGGUCUAUAUCGAGUCCUGAUAUUGGCCCUAAAGAUAAACAUAGCAACAAUGAUGAUAGUUAUGUUUUACCGCCACUUCGAAUUCCAGUACGACGAAAAUCAUGUAUUUUGGAAGAUGCUAUAUCUCUAAAAAGAAGAAGUGUUGACUUGGAAUCAGCUUUAGUUGUUAAAUCAAACUUUUACGCAUGCCCUGAUGAAAACCAAUUUGCUACAGUCAAACCAAGGAAUAAUAAGGUUUCACCCAGUCAAGAGUUGCUGCGAUCAAUGACAGAUGAUGAUAAUUAUCAACUUCAAUCUCCUUAUUUCGUGAACCGCCGAUCUGAUUUUAAUCGUGUUUUUUAAAUUUAAUUAUAUAUUAAUAUAUAUAAUAAUUAGUUGAGUGUUUAUGUCUUUAAUUUAAUAUUUAUUAUCGACUUUUUGUUGUAGAUAAUUGAUUUUUAAUACUUAUUCAAAUGAUUAUUAACUUC